CGCUCUCCCUCUCACGCCCGCCUCCCGCUGCCCCCCCAGAUCCGCCGCUGAGGCAGCGCCUCCGGGCCCGGCCGAGAUGUCCGUGAACCCGCUGCUGUACGAGACUCAGUUUUUCGGGUUCACGCCGCAGACGUGCGUGCUCAGGAUCUACAUCGCCUUCCAGGACUAUCUGUUCGAGGUCAUGGCGGCCGUGGAAAAGGUGGUCCUGAGGAAGGCCGGCGACCUCCCGGGCUGCGCGCUGAGCGCCGUCCAGGUCCGCAGCAGCACCGAGGCCUUCCUCCGCUUCAUGAGGGAGCGCUUUGACCGGCUCUUCGUCAAGAUGGAGCGCGCGCUGCUGCGGCUGGUGCUGAGCCUCCCCCCCACCGCGCUCCUGCCCGAGGACCGCAGCCAUGAGACACCCCAGAGCAGUGAGGAGUUCGGCCGCCUCCGGCGGGACGUGGAGCGGCUGCAGGCCCGGUACAGGGCCGAGCUCGGCGCCAGGCGCGCGCUGCUGGCCGAGCUCGAGGUCCAGAAGGAGGUUCAGGCCCGGCUGAGAAAGGUGCUGCACUGGCUCAACGGGCUCGGAGACGUGCACGGGCCCCCGGGCCUGCGGGAGAUGACGACCCUCCUGACCCAGUACGCGGGCCGGCUGCGCAGCGUCACCCAGGAGGUGGCGCAGAAAAGCUCCAGGGCAGGCAUGGAGUGACCAGCGCGCGGCCCGGGGGCCCUCUCCUCCCAGCCGGGACCCUGAGCCGGGCCCCCUGCCGGGGCUCCGGCCUUCUCCCGGCUCGGGGCUUCUCCCGGGCUCGGGGCUCCUCCUAGUGGGGCUUCUCCCCAGCCGCAGGCUCCUCCCGGCGCUGGGGCCCUCCU